AUGUCAAAGAUGGCGGCGAAAUUAAGGAAUGGGUCGUAUCAUUUACUGGCCGAAAUUGGGGCACGAAUACUCUUGUUCGCUAUAUUUGUGUAAGUUUAUUUCAUUCCUUUAUGUUUUUUUUCUGUCAGAGGUUAAGCUUCCUCGUAAAAUUGGGUUUUUAUCUAUGAAUUCUUCUAAGGUAAAUAGUUGACGUGUGGAAUAUUCGUGAAGACCCGGUGAACUCCACGCAUGUUUUGAAUGAGGGAUAGAUACACAAAUGCAUUCAGUCAAUCAAAUUACCCGAAAUAGAAUAUACAUGUAUGAAAAUUGAAGAUACAAGACAUGUAUAAGGUCUUCCAAUAAACUGAUCUCAACUAAAAUCAUCUGUUGACAGCUGUUUGUGUCAGGUUUUCUAACCCUUGGCUCGUAGCCUAUGUCGCAUGCAAACAGUCUAAAUCCCCGACUACAUUGAAUUUUCUAUCCGGCUCUCGAGUAUCAAGUCCGGCUGCAACGCAGGCAAUUGACUUGUUGUCUUGAGAUAAAAUAAUAGAUUAUAUUACAGUUUAUUGGACGCAGCUGAGGAGACAUAGGUGAUAGGAAAUCUCACAAAGAAACUGAUCCAUUUUCAUUAGUUUGUUGGUAGGGUUGGUGAGUUUUCUGUCCAUUAAUUAAUCAACUGAUUAAAUGUACAUCUUAUCAAUAAUCAUUGUCACAAUAAAGGGCAAACCUGUUACUGUCAAACUCAGAUAACCGGGAACAUUUUGAGGGUGUAAUACUGUGUUUGUAAUAUGAAGGGGUGAAGCCAGAAAAUUCAGGAAGAAGGACUGGGAGGCUUACCAGCUCAGAAGGUUCUAUUAAUUCAUUGCUUAAUGAACUGAAAGCGCAUCUCAAACUUUCAUCUCCAAAAUUUAAUGUGCUUAAAGAAGACAGAUUUUCCUGAGAUUGCUAUAUUUUAACACAUUUCAUAUAAAAGGGGCGUCCACAGCCCCCUCCCCAUCUAAAACCACCAAUGAUAUUUCAAGAAUUUUUGUCUUCUGACCAAUAGCAGCAAAGAUAAGGAAGUGUGCACAUGCCAUAAAGACUAAAAACUAAUUACCACUGUUUCCCGCAAUUUAGUUUUCUUAUGUCUGCAUGACUUUUUCCGACAAACAUACAUUUAAUAACAUUCUCAAAACAUUACUGACAUUUGCAGUUUUCUGAGUUUCACAGUAGGCUAAACACCAAUAAGCACACAUUAAUCCCUCAAUACCUGGAAACUAGUGAGAAUAAUAUUAUUGAUUAAUAGUAUUUUUUCUCUUUUCAGGGCACUUGAAUAUACAGCCCCAUUUGUUCGGGUCAUUCACCAAGAGGAAAUGUGGUUAUAUAAAAAUCCUAAGUCAAAGAACACUAUUUCUACAGAAAUAUUAUUUGUAAGUUUCUCUGGCAACUUCACUACUUUUUCAUAGAUUGACUCUAGAUAAAUGUGGUCAUGUCUCAGUGAAGAUCCUGCAAGUCCUGUUAUGUAGGUUUACAGGUGUAGUUUUGAUAACUCAUGCAGGGGGUGAAAUAACUCACUGACUUUUCCUGGACUUUCUUGCAGUUUAAAUGGAAAUUUAAUCAAUAAUGAACUACAUUUCUGUUCUCUGUGAUGUUUUGAUACACAUCAUACUACAGUGGAACCUCUAUAAGGUGGUUCCCUUUGGGAUAACAGUAAGUGGUUGCAGAAAGUAGUUUGGCCCCUUAGAAUGUCUUGCUCAUCAGACAGCCAUUUAACAAACACUACUUUUUAUUACUAGGUGAUUUCUGCAAUCAUUCCAAGUGCUCUUAUCUUAAUUCUGGCAUUUUUACGCAAGGACAAGGUUGAUGGCACACAAGCAAUCCUUGGUAGGCAUUAAUGUGUUUCCUUUGGUGCUGAAUCUUACCUUAAAGCAUCAUUCAAUCAGUAAUAACAUAAGCAACAUUUAAACAACAUUAGUUGAGCUAAGAGAAUACCUGUAAUCUCAUGAGAUGUUAGACCAUGCCAGGUCAAACAGUUGAACAACAUUCCCCUAACAGUUUAUAAAUAGAUAAUCAUGGUUAUCAGAGAACACUUGGGAAACUUAGGGUGGAUUUAUUUUCAGCAUACCUAUAAUAUAGGUAUGCUAUAGGGUGUCAGCUAUAUUAUAGCUGACACCCUUUGCUCUCUGGAACAUUUUAUUGCAAAAGAAAUUAAAAGUAAUGAAAAAAUUCCAGCAUGCAAAUGUGAUAGCUAUAUGUACAUGUACAACGUAUAUGUUGUAAAUAAAUCCACUCUCAGGAACACUGAAAUUGACGGGUCAAUUAGCGGGUCAAACAGCUUCAAAUUUCAAAAGCAAAGAAAAUAGGGUGACGAAUAAAAAUGCUUUAAACACCUCACUGCUUGUCACAACAUACAAUGUCACAAUUUCAAACAGUAAAAAACAUUUUCCUUCUGCAAAAUAAAGUUGUAGUCUACUGUUGUUCCAAUUUUGUGACUGUUUGACCAGGGUCCUGUUUCUUGAAAAGGCAUGGUGCCUUUUUGCGCCCAAAGGCAAAUUUUAAAAUCAAAACCUGUUAAAUAGUACCAUAGUUCCCAGCUUACAAACUUGUCUAUUGCGCUUUGUUAACUGAUAGUUUCAUUUGUCACUUUUAAAAUUAUUGAAACUUUGAUCUUGAACGCAAACAGGGCAAACUUAACAGCUUUCCGGGCCCCAAAAGUUAUUAGGACUUUCGAGAAACACACCCCAGGCCUUAACCUUUCGAUUACCCAUCUUCCAAAUCAUGUUUUACUCAUUGUCAGUAAUUUUUUGUUCCCAUCUUUUCCAGCUUUGUCCCUAACUCUUGGACUGAAUGGAGAUGUCACUAAUAUUAUUAAAAUUCUUGUAGGCAGGUAAGAGAUAGAAAUAGGAAUGAAUAGAUUGUCAUCUAGAGCAAUGAAACAGGGAUUUCACAAAAUGCUUGAGCCUCAUACAGAGUUAACCAAUUUAUUAUAAUGAAUAUUAAAUUACUACUCAGUUGAAUCAUAUUUUGGGUCAGGUAUAUGGCUGAAUGAGUGGGUUGGAGUUGUGCCAAAUUAAUAUUAGUCCAAUGUGGGACUGUUCUGGGAACACUAUUUCUUCCUAUUAUCAGCCAUUUUGAGGUUGUAUCGGCACAAACCUCGAUUUAAUGAAAUCCUUGUUAUAACGAACACAAUAAAAAAAAUGUACCUCAAUAUAAUGAAUAAAUGUCAGCGUGUGAACGAAAGAUAGCUUAAGACGAAUGCAAACAGACUAAUGAGGGUAAAAUUUAUGUGUACAGUAGUUUUAAGCAGUUUUGUUUGCCUGUUCUACUGCUGUAGCUAUGUACAUGUACAGCUCUGAACUGAAUUUGUUCAGAUCUGGAAUGCUUUCUGUUGGAAAAAUUAAUUAUUAACUAUACCUCGAUAUAAUGAACAUUUUACUUGUUUUCCCAAAAAUUCUUUAAAUCAAAGUUUUCGAUGUAGAACCAUUGAUAUGACGAACAAAUUUUACCAGUCCCUUGGCACUUUGUUAAAUUGUAUUAACAUGUACAUGUACACAAUGUAUGUGGGUGCAACACCCACCCAGCCAUUUUUAUUGGUUGCAAAAGUUAGAAAUACUGACAAACUGUCAAAACCCCAAACACCUGAAAUAUUUCAGGAAUGUAUUUAUAGUGUUAUGACCAAUGGCAUAAAAAAUAAUGACAGUUGAGCCAGCCACAAAACCACAAACUAAUAACUGUUGCUGCUACUGCUUAAGUUUUCCCCAUGCCUGAUUGGCCUUUUUCAUGCAACAAUAACAUUUCUAGUGUUUACAGUUUUGUUAACUUCACAUUAACGCCUCAUGGAAUUUGUGACUGUCUCUACCCUAAAGUUUGCUCUCCAUUUGAUUCAAAAUCAGACAGAGUGAAUCAAACUACAUGAAUUACAUCGUCAACAAGUCAAAUAAGAUGUAUUAUGGGAUUAUCUUGCAGGCCUCGGCCCGAUUUCUUCUGGCGUUGUUACCCCAAUGGGAGUAUUCCUCCAACCCAGCAGUGCGAUGGAGAUCCAGAUGAGAUUCAAGAAGGCAGAAAAAGCUUUCCAAGUGGACACUCAUCAUGUUAGUUCCGUUCAGUAGUAAUUUGGCUUUAUUAUGAUCAGUGGGUAGAAACUAGUGGUGCAGAGAUCAUUGAUUAGAAUACUGUUAAAAAUACAGUGGAAGCUCUUGUAAGCCAACACCCUCAGGAUGCGAAAAAAGUGUCUGUAACUGGAGCUCAGGCCUCAUACAAGAAUGUAAAAAUACAGAGUUUGUAUGGCAGUUGAGUGAAAGGGGUCCUUAAGUAGAGCUUUCCAUGUAUGGGAGCGUCUAUUAGGAGAUUUUCUACUGUAUUUAUGAUCAAAAUCUUAAACUGAUUCUAUACCGGAAAAUAACAAAACAUGUUUUGAACUCUUCGUUGCUGAUACAUAAGUGAUGUAGCCCACUGAAUGUGUUUUAACAAGACUAAUGGUACACAAUGUAACAGUUUGUAUUCUUCCCAAUGUAUUUUUGGGUCUAAUAAUGGUUGGACGGGACUAAUUAUUUCACAGCUUUUACUCAUUUCUUUUGUUUAUUGUUAUAGUUGCAUUCAGUGGCCUGGGUUUUCUCUCCCUUUACUUUGCUGGAAAGCUUCAUUGCUUUCAGGCGCAGGGCCGAGGACAAGGAUGGAAGCUGUGUGUUGCUUUAGUUCCAGUGACAUGUGCUCUGGCUCUUGCACUUACUAGAUAUUCAGAUUAUCGACAUCACUGGCAAGGUACAGGUGUAUCCCACUUUAUUGUAGAGUUUAGGACACUUUCUGUAACCAAACUGGAUCUCAUAUCCAGUCAACUUUUCAAUAAGAAAAAGCCUCUUUUGAUGGAUGCCAUUUUUUGCAUACAUAUUGUGUGAUACAACCAACCCAUGGUAUUCGUUUUGACCUUACAGAUUUCCUAUUCUUUUUUUAAAUUUAUUGGCAAAUAUUUUGAGGCAUACACUACAGUUGUAUGAUCAAGACAUAACCUUUCCAUUGUUUGUCCUUUUUCAGAUAUUACAAUUGGUGGAAUUCUAGGUAAGUGCCAUAUUAACAUUUUAUUGAGGCCAAAAGAGUUUUUGCUUUAGCCAGUUCCGGGCAUUCAGAUAGUGGGGAUGGUGCACAGAAAAGUGAGCAGGAAAAAACAGCGGGGAGGGGUGGGGUGGGGUUCCCUCCUUACUCCCUCUUCCUGUCUUCUACUUUUGUCACUCCACUCUCCAUCUCUUUCCUCUCUCCACCAUCUGAACGCCAUGGAAAAUACCUGUGAAUCCCCUUUCUUGUUGAACGAUCAUGAUUUUUUAUUUUUUUUAUUUUAACCCGUUCACCCCUGGAAAUUUUGCCGAUCAAAGAAAAGGUAGGUGGGUAGUGGGACAUGGAAAUUUUCAGGGCAAUGAAUCAUGGUUUUUUGCCUUUAUCUCCGGUGUCCUUGACUGAAUUGUGCUCAAUUUGGUAUGGUUUGAAAGAUCUCUUCACUCUGCACAAGUUAGCGGACAAAGUUGUCCUUGAACUUCAAAACUGAUGACGUCACAAGCGGUAAUAAUAAUAAUAAUAAUAAUAAUAGUUUAUUGAUAUCCCUCUCGCAGCCUAAAGGCUGAAUUACAAGGAAGGUCAGUGACGCUAACAGAAGCCAAUACAGUACAAAAACAAUCAAAUAGAUAAUUAUGUAAACAUGAUUAAAAGCACUACAUAACAGAGAAAAAAUAACAAAGCACAGGAUUACAACUGGUCUUGAAACUUAAUGGUGCAGAAAUCUGCGAAUCGGUUUGUCUUGGGGACAAGGCGCACCUGAACACGUUCACCUGAACGGAGGCAGUAUGGCCUGUCAAUUGACACACAAGGAAUUAAUGGCUUGAGUACCGGAGACGACAGGCAGUCACGCUUGAUAAAGUUAAUGCAAGCUUCCUCCCUCCUCUGGGAAAGGGCAGUGAUGCCAGAUUGAAUUAGGGCGUCGUCAUAGGCAUACUUAGGCAGGGCUGCCUAAGUAGGGCAGGUAUAUUCAAGUACAGAUCUUACAGUGCUACAGUACACUUGCACUAGCUGCGAGAUAGUGAGGCCAUUUUUUUUUUAAGCGCGCGCAAUGCGUACAAACGCUUGUUGGCCUUUUUGACUAUGUGCUCUAUGUGGGCAUUCCAUGAAAGGUCAUCAGAGAAAUAGACACCAAGAGCUUAUAGGUCACAACCCUUUCAAUAACAGAGCCUCCAGCGGUGAGGGGGGCAGGGGGGAAUGGGCUAUACUGCAUAAAGUUAGAAGGGACGUGAAUCCGCACGGACGGUUACGGGCGGCUCAGGGGCGAAUGGGUUGAAAGUUAAAGUUACUUGUCUCGUAAAUUUACGUGACUGUUCUUUAUUUCUUCCAUACAGGCUUGUUCCUUGCCUAUCUUUGUUAUCGGCAGUACUAUCCUGCUCUUAACAGACCUCACUGUCACAUGCCGUACUGUGCCAUCACACCAAUUAUCAAGCACGUUGAUGAACACGAUCAUUUAUUGCCAAUGACUGUUAGGGAAAUUAAAGCAGUACAUCCUGUUGUGGCGAAAUCACUUUGA